CCUGGGAGAAGAGGAGGCUUGCUCCAGGAGAGGAAGCAGGAGCAGUGCAGUCUCUGUGGGACUGAUAGUGUCCUUCACAUGCCUUCAGGAGCAGCCUGUGAUCUGCAUUGAGUGCCCCGCCUCCAAUGUUAUACACCGGGCUGUGCAGCUCCCUGUCUGACUCUACAAACUUCACUGAAGCUCACCAAGUGCUCAGGUCCUGGAUUCACAGCCUCCCGAGCGCCCCCUGUAGCCCAAACCUAGCCCCGAGCAGAGCCUGCUGUUUCCUCUGUGCCUCUGCUCACCGCAUGCUAGGACCCUGCUAGACCAGAGUGUGGGGGGAAACCAGAAGAAGACUUCACACACAGCAGGGCAAGGACAUUGGUAAGAAGCUGCCGCACAGUGCCAAUGUGUGAGAGAGGUGCCCGGAGGGUCUGCCUGUGUCUGGGCUGCCUCAUGAUACUCUUGUCCCUGGGACUGGCUUGGACUUACAGAGAGGAGUUGGAAGCAGACAGGGAAGUUUGUUCAGAGAAUAAAGUAACCACGACUAAAUAUCCGUGUCUGAAGACAACAGGAGAGGUGACCACAUGUUUUAGGAAAAAAUGCUGCAAAGGAUACAAAUUUGUGCUUGGUCAAUGCAUUCCAGAAGACUACGAUGUAUGUUCAGAAGCACCGUGUGAACAGCAGUGUACAGAUAAUUUUGGUCGUGUGUUGUGUACCUGUUAUCCUGGGUACCAGUAUGACCGAGAGAGGCACCGGAACAGAGAGAAACCCUACUGUUUAGAUAUCGAUGAAUGUGCCUCGAAAAAUGAGACUAUGUGUUCUCAAAUCUGCAUCAAUACUCCGGGAACUUACAGAUGCGAUUGCCUGGAAGGAUACAUCCUUGAAGAUGAUGGUAAAACAUGCACAAAAGGAUCUCUAGGAGAAUACGAUAAAUCCAACAAUGUGAUGAAAGUUGGAGUAUGUUCUGACACUUGCAAGGAAUUUCAUCAAAUAAAACAAACGGUUCUACAGCUCAAGCAAAAGCUGGCAUUACUACCUAACAGCGUCACUGAUUCAGGCAAACACAUAACGGCGGAGAAAGUGUUAGCCUCUACUAUGUAUGUUCAGGGACCACCAGGAAUUCCAGGCGCACAAGGACCUCAAGGUUUACCAGGUCCGAAAGGAAGUUCCGGAGAACCUGGUCCUCCUGGACCCCCAGGACCUCCAGGGCCACGAGGAUUCAUGGGACUAAUGGGCCCAUCUCCGGAUAUAUCUCAUGUUAAACAAGGCAGGAGAGGGCCUGUGGGCCCACCAGGUGCACCCGGAAAGGACGGCACAAAGGGUGACAGGGGAUCUCCUGGACCAAGAGGACUCCCGGGUCCCCCAGGGUCCUUUGACUUCCUACUUUUAAUGAUGGCCGACAUUCGGAACGACAUUGCUGAACUGCAGGAUAAAGUGUUUGGACGCAGAUCUCAUUCAUCAGCAGAGGAAUUCCCAUUACCUCAAGAGUUUUCCAACCAUCACGACACUGUGGACUUUGGUUCUGGGGAGGAUUACAAACAGAGAACUGUAUCAAAGAACCUAAAAACAGACAAAACAAACCGCCAUUAACGCCAGAGUAUUCAGAUGAAUAUAAUUUUAUGUUUUAUUUUUUUUUCCAUUGUAUAAAAAAGAUGCACUGAUAAUGUAAAGAGUAUCUAUUUUUUGUCUUUAUUGAAUUUAUUAUUAUUAAUGUUAUUUUUAUUAUUCCAAUGCUUUCCAGCUGUACAGUAGCUUACUCUUAUGAUGGGGUGGGCAGUCUAUUGUUCUUCAGUUGCCUUUGUUCUAAAUUCAUAUGCUCUAUCACCAGCCAUGCUCUACAGCAUGUUGCAGUUGGCUGGCUGAGAGUCAUUAAAGUAGCAGUUUUGCAGCAGCUGGAGAAUUGCAAAU